UGUUGGCGAACAACUUGUUUGACCGCCCAUACCGUGUUUUUCAGUUGUGAGUCUGUUGACGUUUCGAAAAUUCGUUCAUUUUAUAAGGGUGUGGCAUAGCUUUAUUCAUAUUUUCUCCUCUUCCAACAUCCGUUCCGAUUUUUAAGCUUCGUUUUGCGACGGCGAUGGGCAACCUAAGCGCCCUCCUUCCCCUCCUGCUCCUCUUGGUCUCCUCAUCCCGCUUUCUCCUCCAAGAAGCGCGGCCUCUGCACUCUUCAGCUGCAAAGGAAAAUAUGGCCGUAGCUGUAAAGAAGGGCGGCGGCGGCGGCCGUGGUGGUGGAUUCCGUGGAGGUAGCAAUGGUGAUUCUUCUUCUCCGUAUGGUAAAGCCAUACCUAUGAUAGCAGGGGGAGCUGUCGUUCCGAAGACUGCUGGAUUUUCUUCUCAUAAGUACAAACACAAUUCAGCCCACAGUGGCUACAGUUUCUCCAUUGCUGCCUUGCUCAUCAUCUCUGCUUUCUGGGUUGAGUCUCUGGCUUGUCUGUAUCGUCUUUCUUAUUAGAAAGAACCGGUCUUUACAUGCAUACCACAUAAGUCUAAUGUUUUUACUUAUCUAACACAUGAACUUUCAUAUUUACAUUUAGAACACUCGAAGUUUUCACAUCGCGUCAAAAAUAUCACCCUUUUUAACUUUUUAAAAAUGAAAUAAAUAUCAAAUUUUAGGCGUUAGAUAUGUAGGUACAUAAGAAUUGUGUGGGUAUGUAUGUAAAAUUGCGAAAGAAGGGGCAUUUAAUAUGGAAAGUAUCAGUUGUACUUGCAGAUGAAGAGGAGGCAAUGAAUAAGGGCUUGUUGGAUCGUGUUUAGCUCGAUAGUAGCUUGAUUAUGUUUUGUAUGUACAUAUGUAUGUAUGAGUAUGCAUCUGUUUAUGUAUAUGUGUAUGAAUUUUGUUUAUUGUUAUUCAUGUAGUUAUAUUUGUAUUAAUAUAUGCAUGUAUAUGUAGUGACAUGUACAUUCUAUAUGUUUUGUCUUUCAAUUCAUGAAUAAAU